UCAUCUCUUACCAAACAAAUAUCAUAAUACACAAGAAUUCUAAUUGUCACUCCUAAGUAUAACGAAAAUGGCUAAUUUGCUGAUAGCUCUUGGUGUUUUGGCUAUGGCUUCCUCAUUUGCCAUUGCCUAUGAUCCUAGCCCUCUCCAAGAUUUCUGCGUCGCAACUGAUGAUUCUGCUUCCGGCGUAUUCGUAAAUGGAAAAUUCUGCAAGGAUCCAGAAACGGUAACACCAGAUGACUUUUCUUAUACUGGAUUCAACAUUCCUAGAGAAACCUCACAACAGCUUGGAGUUCGCACAAAUCUCUUAACUGUGAACGACAUUCCUGGCCUUAACACAAAUGGUCUGUCCAUAGUUCGUAUUGACUUCACACCUGGAGGUGUAAAUCCACCUCACAACCAUCCUCGAGCUGCAGAAAUUAUCACUGUCUUGGAAGGAACUCUAUAUGCAGGUUUUAUCACUUCGAAUCCCGAUCACCGCCUUUUCGCCAAGGUUUUGAAGCCAGGGGAUGUUUUUGUAUUCCCAUUUGGGCUUAUUCACUUCCAAAUGAACAUUGGAAAAACCCCAGCAGUUGCUAUGGCUGCAUUGAACAGUCAGAAUCCAGGAGUAGUGACCUUAGCAAAUACAAUAUUUGGUGCAAUUCCAUCUGUUAAUCUUGAUCUUCUUGCAAGAGCAUUCCAUUCGGACAAGAAUAUAGUAGGUGAUCUUACAAAGCAAGAAUGGGUCAAUCCAUCUGACCUUAACAUCUAUUAAGAUUAUUGAUAUUAUGCAAGCAAAUAUAUAAUUUUUGCCCUCAUUUAAAUUGUUUAAUUUCAAUAACAUAUAAAGAAGAAGAUAAUAAGGGUGAGGAUGCUUAAUGAAAUGCCUCCUUCACUUAAGUUGUUUUUAAUUUCUAGCAGCAAUGUACUAUCUAAUAUUAUUCAAAGGGGAUGGCUACCCCUACUGUGUAGCCUAUAAUAUUAGACGGCCAUUAGCCGCUUAUAAGUCAAAAGAAUAAUGCUAUUGGCCUUUGUUUCAUUA